UAUUGAUUAGUAAAAACAAGGUAUGUGGGGGGUGUCGGCGAGGAAUAACAGCGUGAGAGAUCAAGGAGGCAGCGGCCUCUUGGUGGCGGUGGCUAUAGACAAAGAUAAAAACAGCCAAAACGCCCUGAAAUGGGCAGGUGAUCAUCUCCUACACAAAGGCCAAACCGUUGUUCUCAUACAUGUCAAAGUCAAGUCCUCCUCCUUCUCCAUCUCCUCUCCUCACAGGAUGGACCAGUUUCUGGAUUUGAAUGACCUUCCAUUGAUAUGCAAGGAUCCCGAUCCUCAAACCAAGGAGCUCUUCCUUCCUUUCCGUUGCUUUUGUACUCGAAAAGAUAUUCAAUGCAAAGAUGUUGUUCUAGAAGAAUCAGACGUCUCGAAAGCAUUGAUUGAAUACGUGACUUAUGCGGCUAUUGAGGUUUUGGUCGUCGGCGCCUCCGCCAAAACAGGAUUUCUCAGAUUCAAAGCAACGGACAUUCCAGGCACCGUGUCGAAAGGUGCACCGGAUUUUUGUAGCGUAUAUGUCGUAUCCAAAGGAAAGAUUUCAUCCUUGCGAUCGGCGUCCCGGCCGGCUCCGGUUAUCUCUCCAUUGCGGAAUCAUCUUCUUAAUCAAUCUAGUAAACCGACUAUUCCGGUACCGGUACCGGUACCGGUACUGGAGCCAUAUAUGGCCCCAGUCCCGGCCAUCAGCAACAGAGUUGAAAGGCCGGUAAUGGAGCAGGCGCGGAGAUCGACUGAGUCCGUAGAUUCUUUCCGGUCACCUUUCACGAGAAGAGGCCCCAACGGAAAAUCCUAUCCGGAACUUGCAACGCCGGAUACAGACAUAUCCUUUGUCAGUUCCGGUAGACCUAGCAUUGAUCGCAUAUUUCCUUCAUUCUAUGACAGCGAAGCAAGCAGCAGAACAAGCAACAAAACGCCUCCUCGGUUGUCUAAUUUCUCGGACAUUGACAAUAAUUACAGUUUUGAGUCUCCACCUACAUUUUCUUCUGUUUCCCAGGAGAGCGACAGGCUUUCAUCCUCAUCUGCCAACAUGGAUGAUGUUGAAGCUGAAAUGAGGAGGCUGAAGUUGGAGCUCAAGCAAACCAUGGAGUUGUACAGUACAGCCUGCAAAGAAGCACUGACAGCUAAACAAAAGGCUAAAGAACUACAGCGUUGGAAAUUGGAGGAAGAGAAGAAACUGGAAGAGGCGCGAUUGGCUGAGGAAGCUGCAUUGGUUAUUGUGGAAAAGGAGAAAGCAAAGUCUAGAGCAGCCAUGGAGGCAGCUGAAGCAGCUAAGAGAAUUGCAGAACUAGAAGCACAGAAGAGAAUUAAUGCAGAAAUGAAAGCACUCAAAGAAUCGGAAGAGAAGAGAAAGGCACUUGGCAGACUUGCUCAAGGAGAUCUCAGGUACAGGAGGUACACAAUAGAGGAGAUUGAAGUUGCCACGGAUUUCUUUUCAGAUGCCCGCAAGAUUGGGGAAGGCGGGUAUGGCCCUGUAUACAAGAGUUAUCUUGAUCACACCCCUGUUGCAAUCAAGGUUUUACGUCCAGAUGCAGCUCAAGGAAGGUCGCAAUUUCAACAAGAGGUAUGUUACAGAAAUGGAUGGAUUUUUCAGGUUGAGGUACUUAGCUGCAUAAGACAUCCCAACAUGGUUCUUCUCCUGGGAGCCUGUCCAGAGUUUGGAUGCUUAGUCUAUGAAUUCAUGUCCAACGGGAGCUUAGAAGACCGGUUGUUCAGGCGUGGGAACACUCCGCCUCUCUCUUGGCAGCUCAGGUUUAAAAUUGCUGCUGAAAUAGGUACAGGCUUACUCUUCCUCCACCAGACCAAACCAGAACCCAUAGUUCACCGUGACUUGAAACCCGGUAACAUCCUGCUUGACCGCAACUUCGUGAGCAAGAUUAGUGAUGUUGGGUUGGCAAGACUUGUCCCUCCGACUGUGGCUGAAAAUGUGACGCAGUAUCGCAUGACAUCCACGGCAGGAACUUUCUGUUACAUAGAUCCAGAGUACCAACAGACAGGCAUGCUUGGUGUCAAGUCUGAUAUAUACUCUCUGGGGAUCAUGCUUCUGCAGAUCAUCACGGCUAAAUCACCAAUGGGAUUGACUCACCAUGUGGAGCACUCCAUCGAGAAGGAAACCUUUACUCAGAUGCUGGACCCCGCAGUUACAGAUUGGCCAGUGGAAGAGGCGUUGGCGUUUGCAAAAGUUGCUCUCCAAUGCGCAGAGUUGAGGCGGAAAGACAGACCUGACCUGGGCAAAGUUGUAUUGCCACAACUGAACAGAUUGAGAGCACUUGCAGACGAAACCAUGGACUCGAGCCUUUUUGUAUGUGGGAGUCAAGGGGCGUCCUUUAUGAGCAGCCAAGUUUCACAACAAUCAGUAAGUUGAUAUUCAUUGGAAAUACAAAAUCGUGACUAUACCAUCACAAAAAUGAUUUGCUUGGGGUUCUGUUUUGCAGGAGCAACUGAGUGGCCCUCAAGUCUGAUGAUGGGUCAUGAAGCCAGUCCUCGCCACGAUCAUCCUAUCAAUUAAUUGAGGAAGGAAUAUAUUAAUUUGUCAAACUAGGUUCUGUAGAUAACUUAAAAUGUGUACUCAAGCUUAUAUCUUGAUCCAACAUGUAUAGGGAAUGGAUCAAGAUUUUAAGAUGUAAAAUGAGAUUACAAGUAGGGGUUUCCCAUUUGUCAUUCUUAUAUGUAUUGUCUUCAUUACUAACAGAGAAUUAAGAUCAGAUAUGUAC